UUCGAACUUUUGUAGCAAUUAUUAUACAGAAGACUACACAAGUACAAAACGAAGAAUUCAAUAAAAACACGAAGUUCUGCUGAGGAUUCUUGUCUUACAAAUUUUGCUGGGUUGAUUCUUUGUUGCAUCCAAGAAUCUCAAAUUGAUCGUAAAAUCUUGUUUGGGUGGACACUUGGCACUGUUUCAUUUGAUGAUCAGAGUGCCUGCUGAUUUGAUUUUGCAAAAAAAAUUGGAUUUAUUGCACCUUGGGCACUCGAGUUUUGUUCUGGAAUCUGCAGUUUGGGAUCAUAAUGGAAGCAAGGAGGCCAAUGGUUAAAUGUUGGGAUAAGGUUGUCCCUAGUAUAGUAACAGCAUUAUCAUCGGCGUUUUUUGAGUGGGUGCUUAUCUUUAUGCUGUUUAUUGAUGGUGGUUUUGGUUAUUUGAUCACCAAGUUUGCCCAAUAUUGUCGGUUGCAAAUCCCGUGUUUGUUCUGCUCGAGGAUGGAUCGUGUUCUGGGCAAGGAAAGAGCGGGCUUUUACUGGGAUUUGGUCUGCUACAACCACAAGUUGAAGAUCUCUUCGUUGGUCCAUUGCCAUCUUCACGAUAACCUUGUUGAUGUUCGUGGAAUGUGUGAAAGGUGCCUCUUCUCGUUUGAAACCUUAGAUAAAUUAAACACGGAAACGUAUAGAUUAAUAGCGGGGAAAUUAGGCGCAGAGGCUUGCCUUGUUGAUGAGGAUCCUUUACUAGAGGACUGUUGGAGGAAACGAAACUGUUUUUGCUGCAAGGAGCAGUGCGGUUCUAAGGGUUUUGCCCGAAAGUUGCUUCAGAUUACAUCUUUUGGUUCGGAGGCAGAUAAACUUGAUGCACCUUUUCCUGUGGAGAAUGCAGAUGAUAGGGAUGACGAGGAGAUAAGGAACCGGUUUUGUCAAUUUUCUCUCUCAGAAUACAAAAAUGUCAGGAUUACUUCUGAGAGCGAAUCCGAUGCUGCAAUUUCAGACGAUGAAAGGGAGAAUUCCAAACCGGAUUCAAUUGAUCGAUGUAUACAUCCAGAACCUCAAAAUAUUACCCUAGCUGAGGACUUGACACCCGAGAAAUUGAUACAUCCAUCUUCAGUGUCUGUACCGCCUUCUAAUCAAGUUUUGGCUCAAGAUGUUGACCAUGAGUUAAGGGAGAUUAAUUUGAGGCAAGCUGAAUGUGUCCCCGAAAUAUCUGCACCAUCUGAACUUACAUCUUUCGUUGAGGUCCCUCCGUCACCUAAACUUGAGUCUGCCGUUGCAACAAUGAGCAUAGAGUUGGAGAAGGAAACGCCUAAGGCAGGGAGUGAUUUUAUUCCGUCAAGUGAAAUACCGUUGGAUUCUAAGCCAGACACAACUGACACUAGUGCACAGAUGGGUACGUCUUUGGAUUUAGGCGAUGCUUAUAAGUUGGCUACCAGUGGUAGGGUAAGGCAACUCUCGGGGAAGUUUUUGAAGCAGAUGUCCUUUAAGGAUUCUACGCAAAACAGUGAAGACUUGAAGCUCCUGCUGUCGCAAUUUUCUGCUAACCGGGGAAUUGAAUCUUCUUCAUUAAAUGAUAUCGGGAGCAGGCUGUCUGUGAAUAGCGAUGAGCUUAAAGGUUGUGAUGGUUCCAUGUCUCUCAGUAUACAGAUGAUUCAAAGAAAGAUCUCGCUCGAGAGAAACGAGUCUAAUAUCUCGCUAGAUGGGAGCACGGUGAGUGAAAUUGAAGGCGAAAGUAUGGUGGAUAGAUUGAAACGACAAGUGGAGCACGAUAAGAGAUUUAUUGGUGCGUUGUACAAAGAAUUGGAAGAGGAGAGAAGUGCUUCUGCCGUUGCGGCAAAUCAAGCAAUGGCGAUGAUUACUAGAUUGCAAGAAGAAAAAGCGGCGCUUCAGAUGGAAGCCUUGCAGUGCCUAAGAAUGAUGGAGGAGCAAGCCGACUUCGACAACGAAGCGCUUCAAAAAGCGAAUGAAAAUGUUGUGGCGAUGGAGAAAAUUAUACGAGAUUUAGAAGGUGAUCUUGGAGAAUAUAAAAAGAAAUUCGGUGACAUUACUCUCUUGAAGGAAAUCAGCACCGAGAAUUCAGAGGAAACUCGCACACGAAUUAGUGAUACAAAGUGGGAGAUGGCGAAACCAAUGGCGGGAAGCUCAACCCUUGAUUUCGAAAACGAAAAAUUAUACAUCACGAGAUGUGUGAAGAAAUUGGAAGAGGCGCUGAAUCUAUUUUCUAACAACGCUGCUGCAGAUAUGAUUAAUGGUGAAUUUUCAGCCGAGGAAUGGGUUAAAGUGAGUAAUCCCGUCGAACUUGACCGUAGGGAGGAUUGUCAAGGAAAUAGCGAAAUAGAAGUGGGUCAUUUGCAACAAGAUGCAAUAAAAGAAAAAGGAAUCCCUUGUUCUCAACAACUAUCCACCAUGUUACCUCACAAACUCAGAAACGUGGCCGGAGGUAUCGAGUUGGAUGCACUAAGAAACGAGCUGUCGACUUUGACCGACAGAUUAAAACUGGUCGAGGCAGAACACAACAUAAUUCAGCAUUCCAUCAACUCUCUUGGGACCGGGGAAGAAGGGGUUAAGUUCAUCCGGGAGAUAGCUGGUUACUUGCAAAAGUUACAUUCGAGAAAAGAUCAACCCUCGUGCUAAAAGAUUCAAAUGGAUAUAAGUGUACGAAUUGACUUUCCCGAGACAAGGAUCGUAGCUGCACUGUCAGCAAAGAACUAUGUGAGUGUACAUUGAAGAUUUAUUUACGUUUCGUUUCUUUCUCGUUUUUAGUUUGUUUCCCUUUCAGAUUGCUUGAAAAUUUAAAAUUUGAAAAGCGUCCUUAUUGGUGACUCCCUUCAAGAAUUUUAGGGUAUCAUUGUAUGUGGGCGGGAACUUUUGAGUAAGCUCACACUAUAAUGGUUUACAAUUGUAAAUCAUACUUUUUUUUUUUUUUUAAUCCAUGAUUUUCAUUUGUGUAAA